GCGCUGUCCCGCGCGAGCCGCCGUCGCGGCAAGAUGGCGGCGGACUCUAGCGACGGCGAGGAGGAUCUGGUGAACUACGGGACGGCGCUGCAGCCCCUGCAGGAAGGUGAACGAAUUAAGAAGCCAGUUCCUCUUCAAGAGCAGACUGUUAAAGAUGCAAAGGGGAGAUACCAGCGUUUUCAUGGAGCAUUUACUGGUGGCUUCUCUGCUGGUUACUUUAACACUGUUGGCACUAAGGAAGGAUGGACGCCCUCAGCUUUUAUAUCAUCACGGCAGAAGAGAGCAGACAGAACUGUUCUUGGACCAGAAGACUUCAUGGAUGAAGAGGAUCUUAGUGAAUUUGGGAUAGCCCCAAAAGAUAUUACAACCACAGAUGAUUUUGCAUCCAAAGCUAAGGACAGAAUAAAAGAGAAAGCUAGACAGAUUGCAGGAGUAGUUGCUGCCAUUCCUGGAACUAGUGCGUUUGAUGAUUUAAUAGGACCGUCAAAAAUAACAAUUGGGGUUGAACUGUUGCGAAAAAUGGGCUGGAAAGAAGGACAAGGAAUUGGACCACGAGUCAAGAGAAAGCCACGUAGGCAGAAGCCUGAUCCUGAUGUGAAAAUAUAUGGCUGUGCAUUACCACCCGGGCUGUCGGAAGGUUCCGAGGAUGAAGAGGAUGAAUACCAGCCAGAAAAUGUGACGUUUGCACCAAAAGAUGUAAUGCCUGUAGAUUUGACUCCAAAAGAGAAUGUCCACGGACUUGGCUAUAAGGGUUUGGACCCCUCACAAGCUUUGUUUGGUGCAUCUGGAAGAGAGCACCUUAAUCUGUUUGCAGCUGAUUCUGAAGAUUCAAGUAAUUUAAUCGGUGAUGUGAGAAACAAUAGACAAAGAAAACUAGGAAUCACAGGCCAGGCUUUUGGCGUAGGAGCUUUAGAGGAGGAAGAUGAUGAUAUUUAUGCAACUGAAACAUUGUCAAAAUACGAUACGGUUCUAAAAGAUGAAGAACCUGGAGAUGGCUUGUAUGGCUGGACAGCACCUAAGGAGUAUAGAUCGAAAAAAAGGUCUGAAACAGAAGUGAAAUAUAUAGGCAAAAUCUUGGAUGGCUUUUCCUUGGCAUCAAAGCCAUCAGCUCCAAACAAGAUUUAUCUGCCACCUCAUCUGCCACGAAAUUACAGACCAGUCCAUUACUUUCGGCCUGUAAUAGCAGCUGGGAAUGAGAACUGCCAUUUGCAAAAGGUGUUAGAAGAAUCAACUGGAAAACUGGGGAGUGACGCCGCACAACAGGGCAGGCACGCAUUGAAUGCGUCUCAGAGGAGGGAACAACUAGGAGAGACUGUUCUGAAAGGUCCAGCUCCUUCUGUUUUGGAAUACCUGUCUGAAAAAGACAGAGAAAGACUCAAAGAAGUAAAACAAGCAUCUGAACAACAAAUGAAAGCAAAAAUGUUGCCUCAGCAGCCCCGAAAUAGCAGAUUCCAGCCAGCCUCCCCAAACGAUGCUUCUCAUAAAUGGCAAAUGUUGUUGGGGGGACAAAUGUUAGCAAAUGCUGGUUCUAGUGACUUCAAGCCAUUUGCAAGAGAUCCAGAAAAACAAAAAAGAUAUGAAAGUUUUGUAAAAAGCCUUAAACAAGGAGAAAAAGCAGAUACGUUGGAGCGCUACUUAGACCCAAGCAUGACUGAAUGGGAGCGAGGGAGAGAACAGGAGGAAUUCUUCCGUGCAGCGAUGUUCUACAAGUCCUCCAACUCGGCGCUGGCAUCCAGGUUUACCCGGGCCAAAUAUGAAGAUGAUGCUGACAAAGUUGAAGUUCCCCGGGACCAGGAGAAUGAUAUUGAUGAUAAGGAAUCUGCUGUGAAGAUGAAGAUGUUUGGCAAACUCACAAGAGACAAGUUUGAAUGGCACCCUGAAAAGCUGUUGUGCAAAAGAUUUAAUGUUCCUGAUCCAUAUCCUGAGUCUUCCAUUGUUGGUUUACCAAAAGUGAAGAGGGACAAGUAUUCUGUAUUUAAUUUCUUAACUCUGUCUGAGCCUACUACAUCUGUUACACAGGAAACAAAUGAAAGAAAACAAGAGAAUAACAGUGUGAGCAAACCAAAGAAACCUUCAAGAUGGGAUGUAUCAGAUAAAGAGAAGGAGAAAAAAGAUUCUAUCAGUGAAUUCAUCAGUCUUGCCAGAUCAAAAGCUGAUCUUAUGCAGAAGCCAGCAGUGCCAACAACAGAAGAAAGUGAAACAAAGGCAGCUGAAACACUUCCCAGCGAGGUAGAUAAUGAGAAUAAGGAUCAGGAACAGGAAGAAGAAAGCAGACCGUCCAUGGACUUAUUUAAGGCCAUCUUUGUGAGUUCCUCAGAUGAAAAAUCUUCCUCUGAGGAGGAAGAGAGUGAUGAAGAACAGCAGCCUUCUACUUCAGUAGUAGAUUCAGAAACCACCGGACAAGCUGGUCUGCUUGAUAGUUCUUCAUCUAACAUACAAGACACUGUGACUGUUAAAGCUGAGCCUGGUGUUUCUUCAUUGCCUCCUUCGAAGCAGGAGCAGAAUAAUGCGGAGGAGUUUGGACCGAAGCUGCCUCCGUCUUUUUCUUCUGGCUCUACAUGGCAACAAGAAACAGUGGUGCCAGCAAUUUCUCCAGGGCCUAGCAGGAAAGAAAAACAUAAAAAGAGCAGAGAGAAACACAAGACUAAGAGGGAUCACAAGCAUAAAAAGGAAAAGAAAAAGAAACACAGGAAACACAAAACCAAAGGAAAACACAAGAAUAAAAAAUCAGAAAAGGACAGCAGCUCAGAUACUACAGACAGUAGUGAUAGCCUUAGUGAUAUAGAUUCCACAAACCUGUCACCUAAAGAACUUCUGAGAAGCAGGCAGAGAGGUCUGAAUGUGUUGGUUGAGGUAUUGCAUCCAGCUGUCCUGGCAAAAUUACUGUCAUCUAGCUAUUUUGUGGAGUGGAAAUGUACCAACAGGAAAAGUCAGGAUUCCUAAGGAGUCUGUCUUCCAUUUUUUUGGAGCUGAGCUUCAGUUAAGUAUUUGUCUUUUUGUAUUAAAUAACAAGGUGGUAUUUUUGAUUAUGUAGAUAGCCAAAACGUGUUUGAGUGUGUUUUACACAGAGUAGUUUGACUUCAUUGUACAAGCUGAUAAUUUGAAAGUGUUUGUAUUUGCUGAGCACUGAGAUAAAGUGCUUCUAUCCAAAGUCAUUGAUCUUUCUUAAUUUAAGGUUUAACUUCUCAAGUAAUUAAAUAUUCUUAAUGAUGUAUAUGACUAUUUAGUUUAUCCUCCUUGUCUUUCUUUC